CAUUAUGGGCUUUCCAUUCCAAGGAGGACCGAGAUCAAGAUCCAUACUGAAAAGUUCGGGACUGUCAAUGGUCCACUUUUCGCUUUGAAGAAUAUUUGUCGUCCCACUUAGGGACGACUUGAGACCCACUUAUCGUGACGAAAUCUCGAGUGAUCUCGUUCUCAAGAGUGCGUGAUUUUUACAAAGAAAGCUCUGAGAACAAACAAAAUGACAUCAGUUCACCUAAACAAUCCCAAUUCAUAUGGGCUUCAACGCCUUGAAUUGCUGCUCCAGUGUUGUGAGAGAAGUCGAAGAAGAAUUCAGAAACCAUGGCGGCCGCAGCCGCAAUUAAUUUCAGUGUCGUAACAGAUCACCGAUAUCAAUCUCAUCGGUCUUUGAGUCGGACAAUGUCUAGCUCGGGUCAGUUCCAUGGCCACCGAGAAUCGUCUCGGCGAGUGCCAAGUGUCUCUACAACGAGCCAUCAGCACAAUAAUCCAGCCAAUGGGAUCAGCAAGACCCAUAUGAGUGAAGGCAAUCCUUUGGCUUCCAAAUUGGGAACGAGGACCAUUCCAGGGAAGAUCUUGUGGAAAGGCAAGCUCAUUGAUCAAGAACUCAUGUAUAAGGAGUUGGUGGCGGCCGAGGCCGAUCAGAAGAACUGGAAAGGCAUUACGAUUGCCAUUUUGAUGAUCCUAUUAAUCUUGGCUGGUGUCGGAGUGGCCGUUUUGAUUCUCACUCCUCCGCCUGAGGACGACUCCUCCAAAGGGCGACCAUUUGAAAUUGAAGAUAUCAUCGACCCUCAGUUUGUGCCAAGGACGUUCAAUGGGUCCUGGAUAUCGGAUUCAGAGAUUGUCUUUCGCGAUGCUCAAGAUCACCUUUCCAUUCUUUCCACUGUCGACUUCAAACCACGGGAAAUUGUGAUCAAUACCGUUUUUAGACGAUUCAACGUUGCAAAGUAUUCGUUAUCCCCUAGCCAAAAGUACCUUCUGCUUACACAUGAUUUUCAUAAGCGAUAUCGAUUUUCUUCAUUUGCCCAAUACACCGUGUACGAGAUUGAAUCCGGACUGACCUGGCCUGUGUCUACGAAGAAUGAUGAUUCGUCAAUUCGUUCCAACCAGAAUGGCUUAUUCCAGCUGCAAUAUGCCAGAUGGAUGCCGUCCCGAGAAGACUCGUCCAAUGGAAACGACGCUCUCGUUUUUGUGGAGAACUACACCGUGUUCUACAUUCCCGACGUGUCACAGACAUCCAAAAGGAUUUUUCCGGUCAGUUCCAUUGAAGACGUAAUCCCUGAGGUGGUGAUUCAUGGUAUUCCUGAUUGGAUUUAUGAAGAGGACAUCCUGAAGGCAGACAACGCUUUGUGGCCCUCUCCCAAUGGACAGAAGCUGGUUUAUGUGACAUUUAAUGACUCCAAAGUCGAAGAGGUCCGUUGGAACAUCUAUGGAAACGAUGCGAGUGCUCGCGGAAACAACCCUUAUCCUCACGUUGGCAAGAUGAGAUAUCCCAAGGCUGGAACAACAAAUCCCAGUAUCAAAGUUUGGAUGGUGAAUUUCGAGUCCCUGGAGAACUUGGAACAACGUGAACUAUACCCACCCAAAGCGACUUUUGCAUACGAGGACUAUUACCUCACAGCUGUAAGUUGGAUGGCUAAUUCGAAUGGUUUGGCAUUGGUUUGGAUGAACCGGGCGCAGAAUGUCACCAUUGUAUCCCAGUGUCAGUUCCCAUCUUGGAAAUGUGUCGAGGUUUACCGCGAAGAUGUUCAAACUCAAGCUUGGUCCACCUUGCAUGAUCCACCCAUUUUCUCGUCCAAUGGAGGUUCAUUCGUUCUCAAGGCACCAAUUCGUGAUGGAGAUUCGGGUCAUUUCCAACAAGUGGUUCUGAUUCAAUUGAAGCCCAAACGGUUGACUCAUCCAUUGACUAUUGGUCAUAACGAGGUGAAGAAGAUCUUGUCGUGGGACGAAGAACGAGAAGUCAUUUACUUCUUGGCUGUUCCAAAAGCUCACCCGUCUCAGCGCCAUCUGUUUGCUGUAAGCAGCAAUUGGGAGGAGAGUCCCUUUUCGCCUGAAUGCCUUACGUGUAAUCUAUCAAGAAAGGCCUUGGGGAGAGAUUGCAGAGUCCAUGAUGCAGUAAUGAGUCCCAGCAACACUCAUUUUAUCCUGAAUUGCUUGGGUCCAGAUGUUCCCGGGGUUUACUUGAUUCCAAUCGAGUCAGAUUUGGACAACCAAACUUUGAGCUUUGGCUCGAAUAUCACUCUUUUAGACAACAACUCUCAGUUGAUUGACCUUAUGAGCACCAUGGCGUAUCCCAAAAUUGAAAUGCUCGAUAUUCCCAAUGGAAAAGAGGACGGUGGGGUGCUGAAAGCUAAAAUGUACCUUCCCUUGGAACUUGAUCCGGAGCUGUUGAUUCAAUAUCCACUGGUUCUUCAUGUGUACUCUGGUCCAGGUUCUCAAUUAGUGACUGACGAUUGGAAGAUUGAUUUCAACGUGUUUGUGGCCACGAAAUUGAAGUACGUCGUCCUUGAGGUCGAUGGGAGUGGAUCUUCCGGGCGAGGAGAGGCUCUUCUCUCUAAAGUCAAGCAUGCCUUGGGUCAGAAUGAGGUGCACGAUCAGAUCCAUGCACUAAGACAUGUCAUCAAUAAUUACACGUUCAUCGAUGGGAACCGUGUGGGCGUGACGGGCGUCAGCUACGGGGGCUAUAUGGCGGGUAUGUUGCUUAGUCAUCCCGAGGCAGAUUUCAUCAAUUGCGGCGUGUCCGUCUCUCCCGUGGUGGAUUGGAGGCUCUAUGAAUCUUCAUACUCGGAACGAUACAUGGGCUUUCCCUCUCCAACUGGCAAUUUUAAAGGAUAUGAAGAAGGUAGUCUAUUAAACCGCAUCAAAGCUAUCCAAGGUAAACAUUUCUUCUUGGCCCAUGGAAUGGCUGAUCGCAACGUCCACUUUCAACACAGUAUGAUUCUGGCCAAGAAACUAGUUGAGUCGAACAUUCCCUUCGAGCAGCAAGUAUACCCGGAUGAAGGUCAUUUUCUGGAAGGCGCCAAACUGCAUUUGUACUCGAGUGUAUCGCAAUUUUUACAAGAGAAGUGCUUCUACGUUCCACCCACGACUGAUGAAGAAGACAAGGUUGAGCUCAUUGUAUGAAAACAAGUGUCCUGAAAUGGCCUUUUUGCAAAAUGAAGGCUGGAAUGGACCCCACCUGCUGAUCUCAAUUCUUAGGGCAAACAAAGUGCAUUACCGUGUCCUGGAAGUUGAACAACAAUGAGGAGAGGUCAUAAACAAGGAACAGUAUUCUAUUUUCUAAAUGUGACAAUAGUAACAACCAAGACCACUCUGUUGUUAUCUAUACAUAGGUACAAUCAUACCAAUAAAGAUAUUCCUCGAUCUAA